AUGGGCAUAAUUACAUCCCUCUCGAUCCUUUUGACCGCUGCAGCAUCUGUUCGCGCAGGGUUCAAUCCUGCUAGCAAGUCCAAUGUCGUUCUAUAUUGGGGACAGAACUCUGCCGGCCAGCAAAGCACCCAAUCUCGUUUAUCAACUUAUUGUGCUGGUGAGCUGAUAAAUACCACGACACUAUUCAUUGGCACUGGAGGCCAGCCUGUCAUGAACUUUGCCAACCAGGGCGACAAGUGCACCCUCUUUUCCGGGACGGAAACCUUCUCUUGCCCUGAGAUAGAGGCGGACAUCAAGACAUGUCAGGCCCAAGGAAAGACUAUCAUGCUUUCAAUCGGUGGCGAUGCGUACACUGAGGGUGGGUUCACUUCGGCUGCUGCCGCAACAGCCGGCGCGGACAAGAUCUGGGCAAUGUAUGGCCCCUUACAGUCAGGAAACAGCGCUUUGAGGCCAUUCGGGUCUGCCGUCUUGGAUGGAUUCGACUUCGAUUUUGAGGCGAACGUCUCUAACAUGGCCACCUUCGCCAACCGCCUUCGCACGCUCAUGAAUGCCGCAGGAGGGAAGACAUACUACCUGAGCGCUGCACCCCAAUGCCCCUACCCGGACUGGUAUAACCAAGAUAUUCUUAACAAUGCGCCCAUGGACUGGGUCAAUGUUCAGUUUUACAACAACGGAUGUGGUGCCUCUUCGUACGUUCCAGGCGCAACGGACCAAUGGAAUUUCAACUUCAACCAGUGGGACACUUGGGCCAAAGCGUCAAAGAACCCAGCUGCGAAAGUCCUUUUGGGUGUCCCUGCGAACACUGGAGCCGGGAGGGGCUAUCUUUCCCCAAGCGCUCUACAGCCAGUUAUUCAGUAUAGUGCGCAGUAUUCGAGCUUCGGUGGAGUGAUGAUGUGGGACGCUUCUCAGGCUUGGACUAAUUCUGGGUUCGUCGCCAGUGUGAAGAGCUUGUUGAGGGGAUUAAGCAAGAGGGAGAUGAGAUGGGGUGCGCGACAGGCGUAG